AUGCCUCCUGUGGGGAGCCGAUCCCAGGGGAGUCUUCCAGAGUGUUUGGAGAGACCGCAGUUUGAGCGUCAUUCUAUAGGAGGCGCUAACUACAGACUGCUGCGUAUCCCUGCUGCAGCUGCGUCUUUAAACCGAGCAGAGUGGAGUCAAGAAGCAUUUGAUGCGCUGAUAUCUGGGAGGUCCUCAGGCACUGUGGCCGCUGAUGAGCAUCAGCAGCAGCAGCAGCAGCAGCAGCAAAACAGGAGAGGGGCAGAGAGCGACUUGUCAGUUCAUUCAACUUCUUCAGAAAGCGAAGAGAGUGAGAUCCAUGACAGCAGCGGCGAAGUAGAUAUAGAGGCGAGAGAUGUUGUAUCAAUGAGCGAGGAGGAAAUACAGCAGCAGCAAGAAGCCCUUGAAGAUGAGUUUGUAGCUGCAUGCGCAGCAACUCAAGAGGACGAGAGUAGAUGGCGUAUUGAGCUCCGCAUGCCUGGGGCUUUAUUUCGCCGUUUAACGCGAAAGGACCCUUCAAAGAGCCCUCUAUACAAUACUCUUCAUGCUCUUGGUGUCUCUUAUAGCCGCCCUCAGAAGGUAGCAGCAACAAGAGGGCAUGAGAUGCUGCUGUCCCUGUGGGGCCCCACAGAGAAGCGUGUCUGUCUAGCUAAGAAGAAAGCUGAAGAGUUAGCUGCGAAGCAGCGCAGAUUCUUACCUGUUUCUCAUUUUAUAUCGCUUCCGCUGUCUACACCAGAGGUUAAGAGUAGGUUUGAGGUGUACAGACACCUGGUGCUGGCCUCCAACUAUCCAACAAUUGAUGAAAGUUUAUUCGUCAGUAAAGACAAACUGCAUAUAACUCUUUUAGUGUUGCGGCUAUUGAAUGCAGCAGAAGUACAGGCAGCAGCACAAGUACUUAAAGCAGCAGCAGCAGAUAUAUAUGAUGCUGUUGCCACCCGUACAGUGCUGCUACACGUCAAAGGCAAUAACUGUUUCACCGACGACCCCUCUGAUGUUUCUGUUGUCUUCGCUCCUCUUUACUCCAGCGAAGGAGCAGAGACCCUAAGAAAGACGCAGAGCAUGCUUAAUAGUGUAACAGGUUUAUUAGUAAGGCGGCUUGAAGCUGCUGGGCUGCUUACUCAAGAAGAGCUGCAAGAACAGCAAAUACUGGGGCCCCAAGGAGAAGUAGAGCCUAUCUAUCACAUGACGCUCUUAAAGGAGACGUACAGACAGCGCGCAGCGGCGAAACUACUACGCGAGCAGCAGCAGCAGCAGCAGCAGCAGCAGCAGCAGCAGCAGCAGCAGCAGGGGAAAAGGAAGCAACGAGCAGGGUUUGAUGCAGCUCAGCUGCUGCUGGAUAUGCGGGGCUUCGACUUCGGUGUUGUUCGCGUCCCUGCAGUGCAGCUUAACUCUGUCUCCAGCACCACAGAAGGCACCUACACCUGCCUCGCCCAAGUAGACCUCCCCUAA